AUGCCGAGGAAAAUAAUGAUAGGUUUUCCGGAGUUCAUGAGCAUUGAAAAAUUUAAUAAAUUGAAACUGAGGGAUCUGACCAUACGUUGUGAAUUUGAAAUUUUCAAGCGGGACUUUAAAGUCUACAAGCGUUUGCUAACUAAUGAACUUUUAAGUGAUUUAGAAUUGCGCGUUGGCAAAGAAACAUAUCCAGCGCAUAAGUUGAUCUUAGCUAUGAGCAGUCCAUUAUUUCGUGAAAUCUUUAGUAUGCAAGAUUCCAUAACGUCUUUAGAUGUCACUGAUGUUGAACCUAACAUAUUUUACGAAUUGCUCAGAUACAUGUACAGAGGGUCAGUAAAUGAUAUGGAAUCCUUUGCAUUCGACCUUUUUCUAGCUGAUGACAAGUAUAAAAUAUGGGAACUUUUAAAUAAAUGCGAAAAAACCAUAGUGGUGAACUUAAAGGUGACAAACGUCAUUCAUGCACUUCUAUUUUGUCAUGAUCGCCAUCUAAUUUCAUCUAAGGCGUGCCUAUUUAAUGAAUGUCAAAAUUUCAUUAGGAAUAACUUCAAAGAAGUUAUUAAUGAAGAAGCUUGCAAACUAUUAGUGAAAGAAGAACCAACGUUUCUCUCAUUGAUAUUACGCGAUAUUCGUAAAUGUCAAGACAUAUCAAAGUCUAAAAAAGUGUCAAUUUUAAGUCCUUUAAUAUCCGAAACUUCAUUAUCUUUCCUGGGAGAAUGCGAGUUUUUCCUAAAUAACAAAAACCUUAGUGAUGUAGAAAUUCACGUUGGAGGUAUAAAAUAUGCUGCUUACAAGUUGCUUCUAUCACUGAGAAGUUCUGUGUUUUUUCGAAUGUUUAUUCAUCAAAUGAAAGAGACACUAACCGGUGUUGUGGAUAUCGAAGAUAUAGAGCCGGAAGUUUUUUAUGAAGUCCUGCGUUUUAUAUAUACGAACAAAGUGGAAAGGAUAGACAUGGCAAAAGAAAUUUUGAUUGUGGCAAAUAAAUACGAAAUUGAAGAUCUGAAAUUGUUCUGUGAAACGAUUCUUAUAAAUAAAUUAAUGAAGGAAAAUCUUCUUGAUUACCUCAUCUUCUCUGAUGACCACGAGCCGAAACAAUUAAAGGAUAAAUGCUUCGAGUUUCUGAUAGACAAACUAUAUUUGAUUGAAGAUUGGAAUGAGUGCUUUGCAGAUUGGAGCCAGUAUGUAGCUUAUUUCCAUCCGCACUUGCUUCUGGAAAUAUUGAAUAAACUAGCUUCGGAUUACGAACUUUUUUUUUAA